CGCCGUGAUGUGUUGACUUAAAAAGUUGUUGCACGUUUUGGAAAAAAGUAUGUGUUUUGUAGUCAUGCAUGUAUGUGGCCAGCACAGAAAUGAAAUCAUCUUGUCAAUUUAGACGAUCGUUUGAUUUUGUUGACAUGUGGACGAAUGUAUUAUUGGCUUAACAAAUGAAGAAGGCGAUGCGCAGCAGUGAGGGAACGUAUUUUGAAUAGCAUGGCCGAACGGACUGAUCACGUCAAAAAAGGGCAGCGUCGGUCCCAGGAAUCGAGAGCAGAUCGAAACCACAUCCAAACGUUUCACAGGUACCGGACAAAACUAGGCUGAGGACAGGACAGUAUGAAUAAAUCAGAAAAAACUCUUCUUUUACUGAGGCAAUGUAUCCUCUUUUAAAGCAGGAACGUCACUAGUAGGAUCGCGUGCCAAUUGCAGGAAUUUGAUUCAGUUCAGCGGAGUUAAAGUGAACGCCAACGAGGCGGAAGAGUCGCUUAAUUUUUGACGUCGGUGUUCUUAUCAUGUGAAAAGCGCGAAUAGUUAAUCGAGGUCGUCACCCUUUUAUCGAAAACAAUACCAAGAACUGGUUGGUGGAAUACUGGCCAAAAUCAGAUAGGACCAGACUCUAGAGACACCGUAUACGCGAGAUAAAAGUACUUCUUGAACAUUAUUAUGUAUUGGGUCGUUUCCUGAAAAUGAAAGUUAUUUGGAAAUCAGUCAGCCUCUUCAAAAAGUUACACCUCGUCGUUUUGCUGGAUUUAUUCUUGGGAAGUAUAGCAGUUUCGGACGAAAAACGCCUUAUCAGCCACCUACUAAAACAGUACAACGAUGUUGGUGUGGUCGGUCGACCGGUCGAAAACUUUAACGACACCAUUCGAGUCAGCUUUGGUAUAGCCCUCAUACAGAUUUUAGAUUUGGACGAAAAGAACCAAGUUCUGACGACCAAUUGCUGGAGCAGAUACGCGUGGAAAGACAAACUUUUAGCAUGGAAUCCAAAGAACUACAGUGAUGUCAAAACGAUCCGAGUGCCCACAGACCAAAUAUGGAAGCCGGAUAUUGUUCUUUACAACUAUGCCGACACUCGUCUGAAGGAACGAAGAGAGGCACUGGCUGUUGUAUCGAAUGACGGCCAAGUCAUGUGGAUUCCACAGGCGAUCUUUAAGAGUUCCUGUAACAUAGACAUUACGUACUUCCCUUUCGAUAUCCAAGAGUGCAACAUGAAGUUUGGAUCAUGGACAUAUGAUGGCUUCCAGCUGGAUGUGUUUUUCUAUGAUGGGGAGAAGGUCGACCUGAAGGAUUACGUCGAGUCCAAUGAGUGGGUGGUGAUGGACAGCCCCGCUAAAAAGAACGUGAAAACUUACCCUUGCUGCCCAGAGCCGUUUCCCGAUCUAACGUUUACGAUAAGAUUUCGAAGAAAAGUAGCAUUUUAUAAUUACAUUUUGGUGCUACCUUGUGUUUUGUUAUCGACUUUGACUUUAGCGUUGUUCUGGAUGCCACCUGAAUCUCCAGCAAAAAUGCAGUUAGGAAUGAAUAUUUUUGUGGCAUUUUUCGUCUUGUUGCUACUACUAGCGGAGAGCACGCCCCCAGCCGCUUCCUCUAUUCCACUUAUAGGUGCCUAUUUUUGCUUGAAUAUGAUUCUCAUCACUUUAUCCACAUUUCUGUCCACAAUUGUAAUUAACCUCUACUUCAGAGGUGCAAAGAGGCGAAAAGCGCCCAACUGGCUGAAGCGGGUGAUGCUGGAUGGAUUUGCGAAAAUUAUGUGCAUGACAGACGAAACGUACCAUGUCGACCAGAGAGGCGCUCCCAAAAUGGAGGGCGUAAAACUGAUCAAUAACAAAGAGAAAAAGAAAAACAAAGUACCAGAACUAAAAUACAACAAAUAUCAAAUGUGCGAGUGCGGCGUAAGCAUGCAAAAUAACUCCAGCUCUAACAAUACUGGAGACUGGAGCAAUCCGCCGGAUAAAUCGCCAGUCAAUAUCACUGCGCUGGAAAGUGAGAUCCGGGACAUUCGAAGGUGUGCGCGAUCUUUUAUGAACAGAAUAGCGGAAAAGGACGCAAAUACAAAAAAGUGCGAGGAAUGGCGAGUGAUAGCGUUGGUGUUAGACCGAUUGUUCUUCUAUAUGUAUCUUAUUGCCAUUGUUGUGUCUAUUUGCGCAAUAUUCCCCCGAUCACAUGAAUAGUUGAUUGAUUUACUGGUGCAGCACCAUGCUCAUGCAUCUUAUAUUUGUUUAUACAAAAAUGUUUAUAUACUUAUAUGCACUAUUUUGCACACCGUAACUAUAGCCUUUAAUAUUAUUAUAAAUUGAAUUAUAAAGAGAUAUUCAGUGGUCUCUCGUGUAGAUAGGCUACACAUUAACAGUGGCACAGCUUGCAUAUUUCGUCACAUGGAUAAGUUUUGACAUAAAAAAGAGAAAAGAAAAGAAAACAGAAUCUGUAAAAAAUUAUUAGUUACAUGAUGCCAAACGUUUUGGUGUACAAUGCACAGGGAUUUUCUCGCUGUAAAAUACGUAGCAUUUACCAUGAUAGUCAAAACCAAUACACACUUUUGCUUUUGGGUCCAGAUAGAAGACGCGUUUGUAAUUGUUGCUUACUUUUUGUGUCCACACGUUCGUAACGCCUUAACAAUUUGCACUUGUUUUGUUCCAUCCCUUUUCCAUUACCAACAAUUUGGGUAGGAUGUUUACUAAACAACUUUCAAUAUCAAAUACAACAUCAGCUGUGAACGUGAUCCUUUUAAUCAGUCUACAAUAUCCAAACCAAU